AGCGAAAAUGUGAAAAAGGUUCCAUGCUUUCCUGUUUAAAAAAUAGAACUGCGUUGGAAUCAUUGAAAGGGCAGCUUGUACUGUGUGACACUAAAACUGACGGGGGUGGUUGGAUCAUCAUCCAGCGUCGUAUCAAAGGUGAUGUGGAAUUUGCAAAUAAAACCUGGGCACAGUAUCGAGAUGGAUUUGGCUCGUUUGAUGGAGACUUGUGGAUUGGAAAUGCUGUGAUUAGAAAACUGACUGUUGCGGGUUAUACUGAUAUGAGAGUUGACAUGAAAUGGAAAGGACACACCUAUUAUGCUACGUACAAAAACUACAAGGUGGAAGACGAAGCAAACUUCUAUCGGUUGACCUACAACGGCUUCAGAGGCAGCACACGUUUGGAUGAUAUGAUGGGUAGCAUAGGAAUGCCAUUCUCAACCGUCGACGUCCGUUCUAUCCGAUGUACACUCUGGUAUGGACGAACCGGUUGGUGGUGGCGCACCUUAGACAGGUGGUGCGGUUCUGUCAACUUGAAUGGAAUUUGGGCAGAAACAGCUUACGGCCAAGAAUCCACUGGGACUCCAUUACCCAUGUGAACACCUCUCUUGACUUUGUUGAGAUGAAACUGCGAAAACCCAGCCCCUAGUCAUUAUCUUGGCUUCCGGUUAAUAACCCCCUGGACAUUCCUGACCCCCCUCCCCUUCUUUAAUCUACACAGACAUUAAGCCACUUUACAACAAAAUUCCAGAAAGGCCUAUAUAAGAAAAACAUAAAUUUAACGAUUCUACAACUUUAAGUAGAUCAGACUCGCACAUGAUAAAAAAUCAUAUAAAGAAAACACCUUAAAUAUAACAUAGCCUAAUGUAAAGUAGUAUAAGUAAAAGGCUAGAAACACAGUGUAACAUAUUGUUUAACAAUGUAAAUAUGUUAACAUUAUGUUUCGUUAAAUAACCUUAAUUGGGGAAUAAGGGUAAUGUCUGGGGUUAUAUAACCAGGUCGGAAAAGAUUUUGUUGACUUGAGUUUGUUUCCCAUGUUUUUGAAAUCAAUAAAAGCUGAUCA